CUGCUUUGUUUUGUGUUUUGUUUUGUUGUUGGCUUUUCUUCUUGAGAUGAGAUUAAUGCUCUGCGUUAGGAGUUCCAGGAUUCAUUUGCACUGUUGGCUCCGAUCCCCACCACCAUAAGAUAAAAUACUGAAAUACAUCCAUUACUAAAGUAAUUUUCUUUGGUCCUUUUCUUCGGUUCUCUACCGUGAAAGAGUAUUAUUGUUUAUCUUGUUCUCUCAGUGGUUAAUUCCUCUCCUAUGUGAUACCCUUACACUCUAUCAGCAAGUAUGGCUGUGGGAAGUUAUGAACUGGCGCACGAAGAAUUGCAGUGCAAGAAGAGAGGACAGUCUUCAGAUCAGGUCUGAGUUGCACCCACAGAGUUGCACCUGGAAUAAGAAAGGGGCAAUUAAACAGCAAGCUCAAGCUGUAUUUGCAGCUCUGAUACAUACAGAGCAAAUAAGCAAGAAUUAAAGGCAUCAGUAAGUGGAUGGAGAGAAAAUGGAGUGAAAAGGACUGGAAGCUGCUCAAGAAUGAGAAUAAAGGACGUUGGUAAAACAUAGGAUGAUACAGGUCAGUAUGGAUGUAUUGGACAAAACUUCAGGGCUCUGGGUUGGAAUAGCAGGCAUGUGGCAGGUCACAACACCUAUGUGUCACGCUACCCAGGAGCCCCAGCACGGAACAAGUCCCACUGCUGUAGGAUGGGUUGAUGCUCAACAGGCAGAGCUGCCUGUGGACUGCUGAUCAAUCUGCCCUGGUGCUGCAUAGCUCACCUUGGUCAUAUGAAUACCAAUUCACCUACAAUAAGCAGCAUGAAAAGAGAUUGUGAACAGAAUCCAAGAGAAAGCAAGUGAAGGUCUUUCUUGUAGUUAGAAAUGAGAUGUAGAAAAGGGUUUUUGCUGGCAAGGCAAGCAUCAUUCAGGUGAAGAGUUAGUCCCUGUCGCUCCCUGAGACCAAACCUUGGUGUUGCUCCGUUGCUGCCUGCUUCUAGCUCAGUCGACAGCGGUGGCACUGACAAUUCAGUGACCUCAAAGAUUUGUGGCUGGUGCCCAGCUGGACUGACUAUCCUGACCGAAUCUCCUGUUGUUGUUUUUCCUUUGAAAUUGUAUGUCUUUCCAGAUUGAUGUUUUUCCUUUUGAAUCCUUGAACUACUGUUGGUGCCAUCUCAAUGGCUCUAUCUAUAAUUUUCACCCUUCCAAUCUAUGUAUUUUCUCCUAGAUCUUAUUAAGCAGUUUGAGUCAGUUACGCAGUUACACCCGGAUUACUGGUACACAGGCAGUUAAAUCCCUGGAUUGUGCGUCAAAGGGAAGCUUACAGCAGGGGUUACAGUAGCCUAUUAAUUUAAAAGUGACAGAAUUUUGGAGCUCACUCAGCACAUUGUCUGGGGGGGAAUCUCAUCUCAUUAGUAACGGGACACUCAAGAAAUAGCUCCCUAACUUGAGUUGUUGGUACUGUUUCGUUUUAGGGCUUUCUGGUUAAGAGUAUUUUGGAUCAGGCAAGGUGGUACUUCUCCAGCCUUAAAGUCCUGGUGAUUCUGUGGGAAGUGAAGCUAGGCGAAACCUUUGGCUUCAGGAUCAUCGUUUCCAGAUGAACCUAGUUUAGUAACCACUGAAGCUCUGCCCUGCCACCAACACACAGUAUGGAAGCCAUCGCCAAGUUUGACUUCACUGCUUCUGGAGAGGAUGAGCUGAGUUUCCAGGCUGGAGAUAUCCUGAAGGUUUUGAGCUCCCAGGAAGAGUGGUACAAAGCUGAACUCCGAAGCCAAGAGGGCUACGUUCCUAAGAAUUUCAUUGAUUUUCACGUUCCCCCCUGGUUUGAUGAGAAGAUAUCCCGCCACGAAGCUGAGAGCAUCCUCAUGAGCAAAGGAGUUGGUUCUUUCAUUGUCCGAGCCAGUCAGAACUCUCACGGUGACUUCUCCAUCUCUGUCAGGCAUGAAGAAGAUGUACAACACUUCAAAGUGAUGAGGGAUUCAAAGGGAAACUAUUAUUUGUGGACAGAGAAAUUCUACUCACUGAACAAGCUGGUAGACUACUACAAGACAAGUACCAUCUCCAGGCAGAAGCAGAUCCUCCUGAGGGAUGACAGCCGAGAAGAGAAGGAAAGGCGUGGUGGGAGCCUGGAACGAAUGAGCCGGGAUGGACUCCAUGUGGGUGGAGCAGCUGGAGAAGCUCAUUCUUCUAUGUCCAAGAGAUAUGUGGACCAUCCUGUCCCUGUGUUUCACCAGCAACAGGAUAGGUAUGGAGGGAGCCUGGACAGGAAAGAUGCACUGCACGGACUAAGGUAUCAUAGCCAAGGAAGUGCAGCAGCUAUGCAACGGAGACACACGGACCCACUGCAUCAGCAGACACCACGAACACUAUGGGUCCGUGCCUUGUACGACUUUGAUGCUGUAGAGCACGAUGAGCUGGGCUUCCGCAGCGGAGACAUCGUAGAAGUCCUAGACAGCUCCAACCCAUCAUGGUGGAAAGGACGUCUGCGUGGAGAACUGGGUCUCUUCCCUGCCAACUAUGUCACACCGGUGCUACUGUGAGGCUGCAUUUGUGCCCCAGAGAUCCAUAUUAGAGCUGCUUUUCUGACAUGACAGGGACAGAGUGCAUCUUCCCUUGUCCCCAGGACAUUUGGUGGUUUUGGUUUUGUCUUAAUUUAUUGGUAAUUGAUCUUCUGAGAUGUUGAUGAGAAAGAGAACCCUAUGAAGGAAUUUUUUUUCCUUGUUUUGUACGUUAAUGACUGGGAGGGGAGCAAGAAUCCUGGACUGUUUACUGAAAUCUUGCUGGAUCCUCCCUGCCCCAUCAUUCUUUUGGCUAAGUAUUAAUAACUUCCUGCAGUUAGGUUUGUUCUGUGGAAAUGCACCUCAGAGAAGUCGGGCUUCAGUAUCUGAGUAGAACUACGCCCUUCUUUUGGAUCUGGUUGUAUUCAUAGUCCCUUCAGGCACUGUUUCACCUUUCUUCUAGAGGCAGGACAAGUGCCCAGGUGAAUUAAAUGAUGACUGGUAAACACAUUAAUCCUUUAGGUAGGGAUGAAAAGUCCUUAGGCUGAGGUGCAAGGCAACCAUGACUUUUCUAAAUAGUUUUAGGCUUGCACCUCUAGUACUUGCUGUGGGCUUAGGCUGUGUGGAUACCAGGGGAAGGGACGAAAUCCUGUAAGUUGUUGUACAGCCAACCCAGUGGUAAAGGCAUGGAAGGGUGAGAAGCUAAUUUCAGUGCUUCUUCAGACAGUCCUGCUCUCCUGCACUUCCGUCUGCACCCUAUAGCAACAAUUUGUCUCAUUUUCAAGCUGCUUUCCAAGGUACCUAUGCAUCCUUGUAGAUGUCCUGGUUAGAGCAGAUCAAGCCCUUCAGCUAAAUGAAUAUCCUCUGGAUUGAAUAACAGUGGGCAAACCUUACUGGUUCCUUUCUAAAACUGAACUGGGGAGGGGCUGGGAAGAAGAGGUUUUUCUGGUUUGGUGCCAGAAGUUCUGUCCCUGAGAAGGUGGGGUGUUCAGGAUCACUGAGUACACAGCUCUGACUUGCUAGUGGAAUGCCUCAUGCAAAUCGUUGAGCUGUUACUUUACAGUAUGCAGAGAAUAAAGUUGUGGCCAUUGAA